AUGUCACCACAUUCAGAGGGCCAUGAUUGAAGAACUCCAAGGAGCAAACAUCUCACAUACAAAAUUCUUAUUUAUGGGAUUUCCAGAGAUCUACAAAUACAGACGUCUGCUUUUUCUGCCAUUUUUUCUAAGUUACAUCUUGGUUGUGGUGGGGAAUUCUUUGUUACUUUCUGUGAUCAAAAAUACCGAAAGUCUUCACAGUCCUAUGUACAUACUUGUGUCUGCUUUGGCGAUUGUCGACAUCAUUGUACCCACUGCCAUUAUCCCAGCAAUGCUUCUCAGUUUCCUCUUUGACUUUAAUGAGAUAUCUUUAACUGGAUGUUUGACACAAAUGUUUGUUACUCAUUUCUUUUCUUCUGUAGAAUCCACCAUACUUUUAACUAUGGCUUUAGAUCGUUUUGUGGCCAUUUGCAAGCCACUACAUUACAAUGAAAUCAUGAACCCAUCCAUGUUUUUGAAAGCGCUUCUUUUCACACUGAUCAGGAGUGGCACUAUAAUGUUUGCGUUGGUCGCUUUAGCUGCACCUUUGUCUUUUUGUGAGUCUAACAUUAUCCAUCAUUGCUACUGUGACCACAUGGCUCUUGUUAGCUUGGCCUGUGAUUCAAUAAGCAAAAAUAAUGCAAUGGGACUGGUUGUGAUUAUCUGUUUUGUGGGAAUUGACAUAUCUGUUAUUUUCUUCUCCUAUGUAAAAAUCUUGCAUGUCGUGUUGGGGGCUGCAGCCAGAGAGGAUCAUUGGAAAGCAUUUCAUACCUGCGGUACACACUUAAUGGUUAUGAUGUGUUUUUACUUUGUAGGUAGUAUUACCUUUCUCUCUCGAAAUCUUAAAAUUCCAAUCCCAGUUGACGUUAAUACCUUUCUGGGUGUGAUGUAUAUAGUAUUUCCUGCAAGUGUCAAUCCAAUCAUUUAUGGUGUGCGGACAAAAGAAAUAAGGAAUGCUUUACUGAAAAUGUUCAAUAGAGUUUCCAUUGUAAAGGUUUCAGCGAUAAAGAUUUGAGUGUCUGGGCAGUCUUUUAAUUUUACACUUUUUCUAUUAAGUGAUCACAGCUAAUGAAACAAAAAAUGUUUGCAGUACUAUAAGUAGUCAGAAACAGUCAUAAUAAAGAAAUAAACCACAUUAAUCUGCACACUCUGAGAAACUUAAGUCUGUUCAACUGUGAGUUUCAGAUAAACACUUUGUUAGUAAAGAAAACUCUCUUGAUUUACUAACUUGUAACCCAGCCUGUUAAUGUUAACUAAUGUCCACUUUUGU